UGUCUAUUGCAGCAAGUGAAGAUAAAAGUGAGAACGAACUGAGUAGUAACAAAAAAUCCGACUUCGUAUUAGGUUAUAAGUUGUUUAUUAAAACAUCCGAUGGGACUUCAUUACCUGCAAAGUGGUUUGAAGAAUCCGUAUUGUCCAUUGAUGAAUUUCUUUCAUCUGUUUAUAAUAAAAUUAUUUCGUUGACUAAUAAUACUACAAUUAUGAAAAGCAAUUAUUGUGUAAUGUUUAAAACACAAAGAGAAGCGGGUGCCGGUACUCAACUAGUUGAUGCACAAGAUUUUCUCAAGUUUAAAGCUGAAUAUGCAAAAUUGGCUACAAGAAAAAAUGACGAUGAAGAUGAAGUUGAAAAACCGAGCAAUAAUAAAAAAAAUAGAAUUCCAAGUGUUUCGUCUUUAUCUUCAUAUGAUAAAAUCAUUGCUAAAAAUGUGUUAAAAAUUCGAAAUGCAUAUCAGUGA